UCCACGUGGUUGAAAAGCAGUAUCUGAUUGAAAUGGAGGACACGAAGAGGGACAGCGGAAUUUGCUCGAUCUUGACAUUCACAUAGCUAAGUUCAUCAGCGACGUUAUAUAAUAGUAUUUUGUCAAAAUUAAACUGCCAGUAUGGGGAAGUCCAAGACCAAAAACCAGAAGAAGUCACGUUUGAGUGCGAACCAUUUGGCGGAAGAGGUGUUCUGUGCGGUCCCUCACUCCUUCGUGUUUCACCGUGGCCAAGUCGGCAAGAAUGUCGGUCAGCUAGUGGAGGACAUGCGGCGCGUCAUGGAGCCCUUCACUGCAGAAUCCCUUAGGGUGAGGAAGAAGAAUGUGCUGAAGGACUUUGUGGCUGUAGCAGGACCACUGGGAGUGACACACUUCAUGAUCUUCACCAAGACGCCCAGUAGUGUCAACAUGAGGCUUGCUCGGCUGCCCAAAGGCCCUAUGCUCCAUUUCCGGGUGACCAAAUACUCCCUUAUUAAAGAUGUGGUCUCGUCACUGAAGAGGCACAGAAUGCACGAACAGCAGUUCGCGCAUCAUGCACUGCUGGUCCUCAAUAACUUUGGCUCGGAGGGCAUGCAUGUCAAACUUAUGGCCACCAUGUUCCAAAACAUGUUCCCUUCCAUCAAUGUGCACAAGGUAGCCCUCAAUGCCAUAAAGAGAUGUGUUUUGGUGAACUACGAUCCAGUGUCUCAAGAAAUUGAAUUCCGCCAUUACAGCCUGAAAGUAGUCCCUGUGGGCAUGAGUAGAGGCGUGAAGAAGCUGAUGCAGGAAAAGUUCCCCAACAUGAGCAAGUUUGAGGACAUCAGUGAGCUGCUAAUGAAAGGGGCUAAUCUUUCAGAAAGUGAAGCAGAGCAAGAUGGAGAUCACAACAUAACGGAACUGCCACAGAUCUACUCCGGGCGUGGUAACAUGGCGUCUCAACAGAGCGCUGUGAGACUGACUGAGAUUGGCCCACGCAUCACCAUGCAGCUGGUGAAGAUCGAGGAGGGAAUGGGAGAGGGGAACAUACUCUACCAUGCAGUCAUCGCCAAGACUGAGGAAGAGCUUCAGGAGAUCCUGGUCCGAAAAGAGGCGCAGAUGAAAGAAAAGCAGGAACGGAAGAAAAAACAAGAGCAUGAUGUUGCCCAAAAGAAAGCGUUACGGGAGGAGAACAAGAAAAGAAGCAUGGCGGGCAUCAAGAGGAAGCGCCAGGAGGAGGAAGAGCAUGACCCUGAAGUGGAGGAUCCUGGGAACCAGGAUAACAGGCCUCCGGUUGUUGAAUCUGACGACGAGGCAGAGUACUACAGACAGGCUGUAGGGGAGGAGCCAGACGAAGAUAUGUUCCCUGCAGCCAAGAGGAGGCAAAGACCUGAAAGGCCCUCAGGAGGACCCUUCAAGAAGAGGAAACCGUUCUCUGGCAAUGACAGGGAAAACAAAUAUGGUUCCAAGCCACCUCAUAGGUCUGGUCCAGGAGGGAAACCCAGAGACCGAAUGGGGGGUGACAGAGACAGGAAAGAGGGAAAGAAAUUUGGGGAUGGAGGCAAAUCUUUUGGAAAGAUGUCACCGGGGGGCAAGAGGUUUGGAGGAAAGAAAUUUGGGGAUGGGGGCAAACGGUUUGGAGGGAAGACAUUUGGUGAUAGGGAUAAAAGAUUUGGAGGGAAGUUUGAGGGGGGCAGUAAAUUUGGGGGAAAGAAAUUUGGGGGUGAUGGGGGUUCUAAGUUUAAGGGCAAACCUCGUCCUGGUGGUUUCAAGAAGGGUCCGGGAGGGGCGAAGGGAGGCUUCAAACAGAGGAAGGGGAAGAGCUGAGCGUCAUACCCUUCGAAAGCCUGGACUGAUGCACUCUGAGCGCUCUACCCUAGUAGAACACCAGAUGGCAGUAUUGACUCACUAUUGUGGUCUGCGGUUUCUGAUCACCAUGAACAGAAAUGUAUUCCUUCAUGAUAGGACUUCGUUAUUGCUACAAGUCAGCUGGAGGACUGGAUGAAAAUGCAAUGAUGUAAUUUUGUACCUUGUGAACAUGUUUAUAUAAAUGUUAUAAGCAUUGGAAAAUAAAUUGCUGGAUGCAAAGUACA